AUGAAUCACCUUGUAGAUAAUAACAUCCUCAAUAUACACCAGUACGCGUACCAAUCGGGACGGUCGACGGUGAGCGCGGCGCGCGACUUAAAGGCGCGGGUGCUCGCCCACCUCGACGGCGGGCGGCAAGUGGCGGCCGUAUUCUGUGAUCUGUCGCGCGCCUUCGAGAUGGUGGAUCACCAGCUCCUCCUAAAAAAAAUGUGGUGCUAUGGGGUGGGGGGUAACUUUCACAAAUUAAUUGCGUCAUUAUUAAAAAACCGAGUGCAGCGCACCCACGUCCUGAACUCUAAGUCCAGUCUGGAUCCCACAGGCGAGUGUGCCGUGCCCCAGGGAUCCAUGAUUGGUAAUUACUUAUUCUUGUUGCUUAUCAAUGACAUCACGGCUGCUAGCUCCGAUGCUGAAUAUGUAACUUACGCGGACGACACAUGCAUAAUAGUAAACGAUAGUAGUAUUGAGAAUCUUACGCUGAAGUUGACUCAUGUUAUGACCCAGAUAUCAAAGUGGUUCCGUGCCAACGGCAUGCUGUUAAAUGUAGAGAAAACCAACUUGAUUCAUUUCCAACUUUGA